UUGAUUUUUGGCAGCCGUUAUAAAACGAUUCGUCUCUCCAAAACCUUAUUCAGGGAGAAGCUUCUUUCAUUAUCCAAGCUUUUCAACGAAUACACUAAAAACAUUCCUCUGACCUUCCUUCUUGGAUUCUACGUCGCGAAUAUUGUAUCCAGAUGGUGGCGCCAAUUCGAAUGCCUGAGCUGGCCGGAAGAUUUAUUGUCAGUCGUCUGUAUGAUGUUCCAUGACAAUUCUGACAGCUCCAAGAAGAAGCGACAUCAAAUCGCCAGAUACCUGAAUCUUGUGGCUGCUCUAGCCUGGCGCGACAUCUCCGACAAGAUUCGUUUGCGAUUUCCGAGUACCCACAACUUAGUCGAUGCCGGUCUGAUGAAUGAGCAGGAGUAUGAGAGAUUGGAGAAAAUGGAGGGACCAGCUCCAGGUGUUCGAUGGAUGGCACCACUUCAUUGGAUUCAGCAGAUAGUCAGCAUCGAGCUAAACUGGUAUAAAACACUAAUCGCUGGUCAAGCCGUGACUUCGCUCAUGCUCAGAUUUGACGUAGAAGCUGGACGUGUUCCUACACACUUUAUGGCAGUUUUCAUGAACGAACUGAAGCUAUAUCGUGUUUCAUUUCGCAAGUUGUUCUGCCAUGAUUGGGUGUGCGUGCCCUUAGUUUACACACAGGUGGCAUCACUGGCAACUUAUGCAUUCUUCGUUUUCUGCCUUCUUGGUCGACAGAAUUUCGAAUCUAAUCAAGAAUAUGACACCGUGUUUCCGCUGUUUACUAUUGUACAAUUUAUUUUCUAUGUUGGCUGGUUCAAGGUAAGAGAAAAGAAGAUAAAACUUGUCUUAUUCUCUGUUCGCUAGUG